AUGGUGACAGUGAGUCUUUCGCCGGCAGUGAGAGGAGGGGCGGCAGUGGUGACACAGUCUCCGGAGCGAGGGGAGUCGAUUGCUGGAGCUGCUGACGGACAGGGAGGAGUCGCUGGACGGAGGGGAGCUCAAUGUGGGUGGUGGAUUGAGUCGCCGGGCGGAGACUGGCGGUGGAACGACGAAGCUGUCAAUCACAGAUCUUCUAUCUACUCUUGGGUGCGACAUCUGUUUGAAACUGAUAAUAAAUAUCUGCUUGACAUUGUUGGCUUUACUGGUGAAACUGCUGGAUAUUGUGUGGUUACUAGAACCUUUGAAGAUGAUCGGCCAAUCGCCAUUAAGGGAGGUCAUUUUCUUGGUAUUUAUGGAAAAAGCAAUGCUGUGAAAACUCUCAAUGAAGUGGGGAAUCCUUUGGCUGAUUGUUUCUCGACAGCAAUGAAAUAUGAACUCUUGGAAGCUAAAUCAAUUGAAAGUAGUUUGUGCAAUCUAGAAUGCAAAAACAGUAUAUUAGCAGAAGAAGUUGUCUCUUCAGAGCUUAAAAUGAAUUUGUUUGUGCCUAAAAUUGAUGUGAAGUGUGUUGUAGUUAUGUAUAAAACUGGUUCUGUUAAGUCCAUUGAUAGUGGGAUUGGAUUUGUUAAAAUGAUACUUAAAAAGACUGGUGAAGUGCAUAAAUUAUGGUGCGAAGUAGUUACUUGUUUCAGCGGAAGUACUAGUAUUCAGGGAGCUCAUACAUUACAUGAAAAAGCUAUUUCUUCUAAAUGUUUUAUACCAACAGGACAGCCUUACAUUCUUUUGGUAAUUCAUGAUGAUGGUAAGAAUUUGAGCAGCUGGCAUCCUUUAAGUAUAGUGAAGUGGGUUGAGCUUAUUAAGAUGUUUGACACUCCGGGAGUGAUUGUCAAGUUAAAGGGUUGUGAACUAUGGACUGCUUCUAAUGAAUUCAAACCUGGAGUUAACUUAGUAACUCUGUUUAUAGAUGACACAGGAGUAUCUGGUUCUCAUUUAGUUGAAUGGGAUAGAACCAGUGAUUUUGUUAGUGUUAGAGCCCCUCAGUUGACACAAAUUCCUACACUUGAGAUGACAGCUUCAACAAGUUUCACUGGGAAUCUAAAUGUUUAUAGGGUUGGUUUCACUGGCAGCGGUAUUAAUCUUGGGUUCUUUGAAAAUUUUCUCUUCUCCAUCAAGAGUUCUGUUUUACUUUCAGAUUGCUGCGGAUUUAACUGUAUGAGCAAAAGACAUGUCUCUUGGCCUGAAAUGGCUUCUAGUUUUAAGGGAGGCACUAUCUUAGGAGAAGCUGCAUUGAUAUAUAUUUCUACAUAUCGAAUCCCUCCGCUAGUAGAAUUUAUUGAAGCUACUACUUCUAUGAGCUCUAAUAGGUUGGGUAUUAAUGUUAUGAUCAUAAUUGAUCUAUUGGGAAGAAUGAAACAGUUGUUAUAUUGGGAAGGAGUAAAGGCAUACUUAAGCAGUGUUAUGUGGAGCUGGAGCUCAAACCAAGGUGCCUAUCUUUUUAAUUGGGAAUCAAAGCUUGCUAUGUUUGCUAUUUUGGGCACAAACUGGUGUUUAGCGCUAUGUCGCCGGACAUACUAUGCAGUUUUAUAUUCAAUGGAAAAUGAGGAUGGUCUCGGUGAAACUCAUGAUUUUGUUAUUGUUGGAACAAGUGGUAUUGUUAUUCUGCCAAAUGCAUUUCUUAUCUUUGUGGAGGCAGGGUUCAACUGGAGUGAAAACCUUCGGGAUCUUGAAAAAUCUCGGCUAAUGAUGGGAAAAAUUCCCAUUCAAAGCAAGACAACUCUGCAAGCUCAGACCGAGAAGAAAAGUGAAGAUUCAUGUCACAUUUAUCUUUUGGUGUUUGAAGGCUCGGUUAUACAUAAAGAUGUGGAAAAUUUAUAUUUCACAGUUGGGAAUUCAUUCUUCAUCAAGCCAACUUUUAGUCAAGACAUGAAAGCUCAAAAAGUGUGGGACAAAAUUGUGAUUCAAGGGAAGCGGAAGCUAUGA